AUGUCACGUUCGACCCACGCUCUUCACAGCGCCAUGAACUCCAAACUUCUCGGCCGCCUACCCCCACUCGUCCUAACCCCGCUCGGCCUGAACCCGUCAGCCCUGUUCCCGCUCCUUCUGCUCCUCCUCACCCUUGCCGCGUCACCGCUGCUUCCCGCAGUCGCAUCUUUCGGCGUGAGCAACGACCUCGGUAUGCCAUCGGAGAUGGGCGGUGGCAGUUCCCCAUUAUCCGUGAAAUCCGCAUCUGCAACCGACGGCUCUGAUCGCACGAUCGAUCUCAUGGCGAUGACGGCAGCGGCCGGCACGGGGAAAUCUUCUGGAACAGGAAAAUCAGCCGGCGCAGGGAAGGGUACGGGGACGGGUGCGGGGAAGGAUACGGGGACGGGUGCGGGGAAGGGUACGGGAACGGGUGCGGGGAAAGAUACGGGUACGGGCGUAGGGAAGGGUACGGGGACUGCAGGGAAGGGUACGGGGACGGGCGUUGGGAAAGGUACAGGGAAAGGCGCCGGGACAGGCGCGGGGAAAGGUACAGGGACAGGCGCCGGGACAGGCGCGGGGAAAGGUACGGGGACAGGCACAGGUUCAGGGACUGGCGCGGGGAAAGGAACCGGGACAGGCGCAGGAAAAGGGACGGGUACGGACGCGGCGAAGGGUACCGGGACCGGCGCGGGGAUAGGCGCAGGGAAAGGCACGGGGACAGGCGCAGGGAAAGGCACGGGGACAGGCGCGGGGAAAGGUACGGGGACAGGCGCCGGGAAAGGUACGGGGACUGGUACGGGGAAAGGUACGGGAGGAGGUACGGGGACAGGCACGGGAGGAGGCACGGGGACAGUUGCGGGGGGAGGUACGGGAACGGGAAAGGGAAGCAGUGCAGGCAAGGGGAAGGGGAAAGGGGGGGGAAGCUCAAGGGGCUCCGGAUCUGGGUCAGGGAAAGGAAGUACGGGUGGAGGCUCGGGAACUGGUUCGGGAACGGAUGCUGGAUCUAAAUCCGGGAGGUCGUCGGGGGGUGGCGGAGAUGUGGUCCGCGGAGGGGGGAGCGGAGCGGGGAGUGGGACGGGGAGCGGAGGAGGAAGCGGAGCGGGGAGUGGGACGGGGAGCGGGGGGAACACUGGUGGACAUACGGGAAGCGGGGGGGCGGGAAGUCAGACUGGUAGCGGAGCGUCAGGCGAAGGGACAGGCGGAGGGUCAAGCGGAGCGUCAGGCGGAGGGUCAGGCGGAGGGUCAGGCGGAACGCCGGGCGGAAAGCCAGGGUCUAACCUGACAGUGGAGCAGGAGGCAACUUUGGCAAAAGUGAAUGAGGUUCUGGGGUUUCUGUACGAGCGGAAAUUCACGGGAGUAGCGACGGGCAUCAGAAUGAGCGGUGAGUCACAUCUCAUAUAA